AGUGGGAAAUUCCAAGCUGGGAAUUUCCAACCACUGGCAAACGCUUUAGGCUGGAAAACCAACUAUAAAUGCUGGAGGACGCGGAGGCAUCAGCAAGCAGUCGCCUACUUGUAUUCCAAAGAAACACUUUCUUCCGUGUUGCAAAAUGAUGAACAAGAUGCUGGUCGUCCUCAUUGUCGCUAUGGUUUUGAUGAACUGCUCUGCCCUUCCAACCUUUGGAUUUCCUGGAUAUGGUCCUACUGGAACCGGAGCUGGCUUCGGAACAGGCCAAGCUGGUUUUGGUGGAGUGUCAGCCAGCGGAGUAGGCAUUUCUAGUGCACAGAAUGGCGGAUUUGGUGUUGGAUCGGGAUCAGGAUCGGCCUUCAGUGGUGGUCCUUUCGGAGGACAGUACGCAACUGGUACCGGAAAUGGAUUUUCUUUCGGAAAAGAAAGCAGGCGGAAGCCAAAGACAUCAGCUAUAAAAGCCAUUACGAGAGUAACUACAAGCAGUAGCAUUUCAGCAUUUCUGCAAGACAACUCUUCCGCGUUUAAGAAAAUGAACAAGAUUUUGAUCUGCCUAGUACUUGCCAUUACUUUGAUGUGCUGCUCCGCCCGUCCACAGUUUGGUUAUCAUGGAUUUGGAGGUGGAAGCGGAGCUGGAUUCGGAACAGGUCAAGCCGGAUUCGGUGGUGCUUCAGCCAGCGGAGUAGGAAUUUCAAGCGCUUACAAUGGUGGAUUCGGCUCCGGAUCGGGAUCAGGAUCGGCCUUCAAUGGUGGCCUGUUCGGUGGACAAUACGCAACGGGCACUGGAAAUGGCUUUUCUUUUGGAAAAUGAAACCGCUGGAGAGCAACAAAUUUUGACUAUGUAAAAUCAGGUUCUGUCUUUGUUUCUUCUUUCUGUGUUUUGAUUUUGACAAAUAUAAUGCUAAACGUA